AUGGUUGGCGAUUUUGAUGCCACAACGCUUGACCCUAACCAGGCGUACGUUUCAAUGAUUCUGCCAUCCCCCAUUAGUGAAACGUCCAAAGUAGGUUUCCAGAUCGGCGUUCCUAAACCACUCCCGCGCCCGCCGAUCCACCCCAACAUUCAAUAUGGAUCUACGUCUCCCGUCCCUCCAAAAUACUUCAUUACGCCACGCCCUACAGACACCAUCACGUACAACUUCGCACCCACACGGUCACCUUUGGAUCCAAAUUCUAUGCUGCUGUACCCACCACCGGACAUCAGCGUCGACCAAGGGGCACGGACACCCUACCAUAUAUGCGUUAAUAUGAAUUGUUUCACGCCUUCCUCUCACAUCACCACCAUCAGAAAAUCAUCUUCUGAAGGUGAGUUUGUCGGGGAUUUUGAGAUUGGUCCAAGUAAUGCAAGGAUAUCGAACACCGUGUGUUUAAGAGGACAUGAAUGCUCGAUAAAUGAAGUACUAUCGUCUUCAUCCCGGCUGUUUCAUAGCAAUUGGACAUGGAAAACUGUCGAUGAACAUGAUGCACCCGUGACUCUUUACUGGGAUGACAAUAAUGGCGGAAGUGCCAUAACUUGCUUUCGUUCUAAGGACAGGACAUUGGCCAACCUCCUCGCAAAAUUUACGCCACGCAAUCAGAUGCGAAAGCAUGGGAGGCCGAUUCAGUACCCAAAGCUUGAGGUGACUCCCGACGGGCAUGAUUGCUUCGAAGAUAUCCUCUUCUCCGCUUUGAUUAUCGAACGUAUGCGAACUGACCCACCUGGUAAGAGUUAG